CAGUCAGCUCACCCUGAAUUCAUCUACAUGCCUUGGACGUCGCCCAACAGGACGACUAUGGACAAACGAAAGACCUUGUACAGCGACGUCGUGAUCAUCGGAGCAGGCUUGUCGGGGAUCAACAUGGCAUGUCAGCUCCAACGGCAACUACAUGUUAGUGACUAUGUGAUUUACGACCGCGCUCAAGAAAUGGGUGGAGCGUGGGCAGCCAAUAAUUAUCCAGGAUGCAGCGUUGAUAUACCUGGCGCUUUAUAUUCGCUGUCAUGGUUCCCGAAUCCAGCCUUCACCAGCCUAUUCCCUUCCCAGCGGGAAAUUUUAUCCUAUAUCCAGCGUGUCGCUCGCGCUAACCAUAUUACUGCACAUGUAAGACCUCAGACUGAAUGGGAAGGUGCCCGGUGGGUAGAAGCGUCGAGUAGAUGGCAGGUCUAUCUCUGCGAUUUGACGACAGGAGAAGGAUUCCUUCACGAAGCCAAAGUGUUGGUUUCUGCUGUCGGGGGUUAUACGAACCCCAAAUUACCCGUUCUACCUGGCUUGGAGCGGUUUGAGGGCCCCGUCGUGCACACUGCCCAAUGGGAGAAGGAGUACGACCUCCGCGGCCUCAAUGUGGCCGUGGUAGGUAAUGGAUGUAUAUCCAUUCUAGAGAAAUACUGGCCAUUGCUCAUCCCAAGCUAUGACCUGGGAUGCAGACGAAGAAUCUUGGAUAAUAACUACGUUCGGACGCUUCGCAACCCUAGGAUGAAGCUGACCAAGGACACAAUUGCGCAAGUCGGCCCGAAAAGUGUGAUGGCAGAGUCAGGCAGGGAAUACCCCGUCGAUUUCAUUAUAUUGGCGACAGGAUUCGAGUUCACGCAAUGGAAGGCCGACGCCGUGAUAGGCAGACAAGGCAAAUCGUUGAAACAGCACUGGGACGAUCAAGGCGGCAUUGGUGCUUACAAGUCCGUGGCAAUGAACGAGUUCCCCAAUAUGUUCUAUCUGCUGGGCCCAAAUUCAGGCAGCGGACACACAUCUGUCCUUUUUGCGAUCGAGUGCUCGGUCAACUUGAUUAUUAGGAUUGCACGUCCUAUACUUCAGCGACAAGCAUUAAUUGUCGAGGUGACCAAAGGGGCUGAGGUCGAAUGGUGUGACACAAUACAGACUGCUCUCAGCAAAACGGUGUUGACGCGCACCUGUUCCAGUGUCAGUUUUACUGCGGAACAUCGACUCGGUUUUGGGCCACCUGCUAACCCUGCCCAAUGUAGCAAUACACCGACCCGAAAAGUGGAUGGAACUUCUUUUCAUAUCCUUUCAGUUCAUUGUGUUUCUGGAUUGGCACGAGGUUUCCUACAAUGA